AUGCCCAAGCCCGGCAAGCCUUCAAGAAACCAGGACUCAGUCGUCUACGCACGUGAGCAGCAGAUGCUGCUCCCAAUGGGGGCGCACGCGGGAAUGCACGCGACAGCCAGGUUGUCUUCGCUCUACAGGCCAUGCGAAAAGGCGCAUCUUUCGACAGAGUACGGCAUCCUGGGCGAGUUAGACCCGGAGCUAUUAGGCCCGAGGCUGACAACGCCGAGUGCGGCCAUCAUUGCAGUACUCAGGCGGCCUAUGAAGACAGUAGCCGUCGUGGAGAUGUGCUGCCAAUUUCUGAACAUGUGGUCGGCAUCGGCAGAGUAG